AUGAAGGACCAAGAUAUCGUCGGCAAGGCUCUGGCCUCUGUUCUACCUCAAUAUGACCGUCCCUGGUUCAGAGUACCUCAUCUCUUGCAACUGAAUCUCAUUCUCAUGAUCCCAUUGCUGUCGUCAGCCGUGGCUGGAUAUGAUGGGUCUCUCAUGAACGGUCUUCAAUCUAUUGCUCAAUGGAAAGAGUAUUUUGGGAAUCCCUCCGGUUCAGUACUCGGCAUCGUCAAUGCAGCACAGUCUAUUGGCAGUGUUGUUUCAUUACCCGUUGUAGGAAUCCUAUCCGACUACAUGGGAAGACGCCUGACAUUGCUGUCAGGUGCCAUCGUAGUUGUGAUCGCGUCCAUUAUCCAGGCUGCUUCGGUACAGUAUGGAAUGUUUGUCUUUUCUCGUGUGCUUGUUGGGGUUGGUUCCAUGUUGGUCGUGCAGCCCUCCCCUAUGCUGAUUACCGAGCUUGCAUACCCGACCCAUCGAGGCAAGUACACUAGCGCCUUCUGGACUAUGUACUACCUCGGUGCUAUCCUGGCUUCUUGGGCUUCUUACGGUACGCAGAAGCAUUUGAAUACUUCAGAGUGGAGCUGGAGGGUUCCAUCAAUUAUCCAAGCUGGGCUUCCCAUUGUCCAGAUAUUGCUUUGGUGGUUGGUCCCUGAGUCACCCCGCUGGUUAGUUGCAAAGGGACGGAUACAGGAAGCCGAAGAGCUGCUCGCUCGAUUCCAUACUGCUGGAGAUACAUCACACCCUCUGAUUCAAUUCGAAAUGAGUGAAAUUGUCAGUACCAUUGAGUUGGAAAGCCGAGCUGCGGAAACGAAAUGGUCUACUUUGGUUAAGACCCCAGGUAACAGAAAACGGACUUUCAUUGCAGUCUGCGUCGGUGCAUUUGCCCAAUGGAAUGGUGUUGCGGUCGUGUCAUACUAUCUCACCCUCGUUCUCGACACGGUUGGAAUCAAAGACCCAGAUACGCAGACCCUCAUCAAUGGCCUGCUACAGAUCUUCAACUUUAUUGCAGCGGGAGGUGCGGCUCUGCUUGUUGAUCGACUUGGUCGCCGAACACUGUUCUUGUGGUCGGCAGCAGGCAUGCUGGCUUCUUUCGUUAUCUGGACUGCCUGCUCCGCCGUUUUCGACAGCACACAAGCCAACGCACUAGGGAAGACAGUGAUUGCGUUCGUUUUCAUCUUUUACUUCCACUACGACAUUGCCUAUACUCCACUGUUGCUCGGCUACCCCACCGAGAUCUUCCCGUACUCCAUCCGCAGCAAGGGUUUGACCGUUGAGCUGUUAAGCGUCUACAGUUCAUUGAUUGUACUGGCGUUUGUCAACCCGAUCGCGCUUGAUACUAUCGGAUGGCACUAUUAUAUUUUCUUCUGCUGCUUUGAUGUUCUGGUACUAGCUGUUACUUGGUUCGCAUUUCCGGAGACAAAGGGCUAUUCUCUUGAGGAGAUUGCUCAGGUGUUUGACGGACCUUCACCCGCAACCAUUGGAGUGAUGUUCGAUAAGGGACAGGAAAUGGACGGGAAAGGGGAGCAUGUCGAGCAUGUCGGCUAG